AUGCAGAUGGAGGGCAUGGAUGGUGGGACCUACUAUGGUCUGUUGAACGCCUCUGAUUUCGACUUCAACAAUUCCACCCAGGUGCAGAGUUUUCUUCACGACCUCAAGCAUCUGGAGUAUCUUCCCAUCCUGGGAGCCCGCUACGCAAGAUACUUCUGGUACGGCAUUAUCGUGGUGGUUGGACUCACUGCGAUCGUCAACCGGACUACCCUUUUCGCCACCUCCACAGCGCUGGUGAGAGAGCCGUCGUAUCUCCAGUGGACACCGCGCGCCCUGUCACCAUGGCUCAAAGUCCCUCCGUUUGGGCCAAUCUACAUCAUCCUCGCAUACUUCGCAUUCAUCCUCGCAUUGCAGUUCAUUGACAACGACAUCCCAGAUGCAGGCCACUGGCAGUUUCUGGGCGACCGUGCUGGGUGGCUUGCAGCUGCACAGGUUCCACUGCUUGUCGCCCUCGCAGGGAAACGAAAUUUUAUCGGCAUGCUGUGUGGCAUCCCAUACAUACGACUGAACAUCUACCACCGCUGGGUGUCGCGAGGUCUGCUUCUGCUCUCCACCUUUCACUUUGCUUUCCAGAACCACGGCUGGGACCUCUACAACAUCAGCAAGCUCGAAUGGACCACAGACGACUGUCCCACGAAAGGCAUUGCCGCGUACGCCUUCAUCCUCUGGAUGAACCUGACCACCUUGGCGCCAUUCCGCCACAUGUGCUAUGAGUUCUUCGUCGUACAGCACAUCAUCACCUUUUUCGGGUUCAUCAUCUCCCUAUCCUACCAUCUGGACCUGGGCCCGGCCCCCAUCGCUCAACGAUACAUUUGGGCCAGCGUCGGAAUCUACAUCGCCGCUUCACUCCUACGCUUCAUCCUCUACCUCUACAGCAACGUCCGGCCCGCGCACGCCACCCUAGAAGCCGUCGAAGGCGGAGCGACCAAAGUCCGAAUCACCUCCAAGCAGAUCCAGCACUGGACCCCAGGCGCGCACAUCCUCCUAUCUCUCCCACGCGUCGGAUUCCAGCUAUCGCACCCUGCGACCAUCCUAUCCACCCCAUCAUCCCACUCCGGCGACCUAAUCCUCAUCCUAAAAGCCCAAAAGGGGUUCACCAAAAAGCUCAACAACACCGCACAUGCCAUCUCAACUUCAUCAACGAAAAAAGACCCCGAGUCUCCAGGAAACCACCGCGCGUACCUCGCUUUAGUCGACGGACCUUACGCAACCUCAUCCCCAGACUUCACCACCUUCGACUCCGUGCUUUUCAUCGCCGGUGGCACCGGUGUAACCUUCACUCUCGCCCACCUCCUCGACGUCGCACACCGUUCCACAGCCGACGGCACUUCCCCCCUCCCCCUCCUCCGUAAAAUAUCCUUCAUCUGGGUCGUCAAAGGCCGACAAUGGCUAUCAUGGAUCACGGAAGAGUUGCAAUCCGCGAUUCAGAAGCUCAAAGCAACGAACAUCGAGCUCCAAGUUAAGGUCUUCAUCACCUGCGACGCCGAAUGGUUCGAGGAGACCACCCCGGACGAAAAGCAGGGCGGUUGUUGCUGUACAGAGAACUGCAUGUGCUGUGAUGGCGAUGGCGAUGGCGAUGGUGACAGUGACAGUGACAGUGACAAGAUCACAAGCAUCGUCCCCGCAGAUCCUUUACCAAACGUUCGUCCCACGAAAGACACCUCUUUUCUUCUGGACACCGCCAGGAUCAGCUUUCAGCAGGGAAGACCUUCGUUCGACGAUUACAUUGAAGACGCCGUCUUGCAGGCCGGAGGCGAGAUCGCCGUCGCGGCCUGUGGACCCAUCGGACUGACGGUUGCUGUCAGGCAGUCUGUCGUGAAGAUCUCGGAUCGGCUGGGCGUGUGUAAGGGGUCGGGUCUCCCGGGUGUCUUUUUGCAUGUGGAAAAUUCUUACUAAUUGACUGGCUGGCUGGCGGAAUGACUGGCUGGGCUGUUGUCGUCGUGGAGUGUGUAUAUAAACUGCGGACCUACCUAGAGCGACAUGCGGACAUGUAUAUAUACUAGUUACCUA